UAUCGGUUCGCGGGAACUUCUCCCUCAGCUGCGCGAUCCCGGGCGGGUCCGCGCACUGACGUCACGGGAUCCAGCGUGCACCCGCCUGAGCAGCAGCUGCUGAGCCUUCCUAGAGCCGAGUCUGCAGAGGACAGGAACGAGGAAGGUGCAAACAUGGCAACGGGGACAGAGGCAGAGACCAGGCAGAGGCUGCUGAAGACUGUCAAGAAGGAGGUAAAACAAAUCAUGGAAGAAGCUGUUACCAGAAAAUUUGUCCACGAAGACAGCAGCCAUAUCAUCUCUUUUUGUGCUGCAGUGGAAGCUUGUGUACUUCAUGGACUGAGGCGUAGGGCGUCUGGUUUCCUACGCAGCAACAAAAUCGCUGCCUUAUUUAUGAAAGUGGGAAAGAGCUUUCCUCUCGCAGAAGAUCUUUGCAGGAAGGUGCAAGACAUUGAACAACUAUUAGAGAGCAAGAGAAAUCAGAUGCAAGGUGUCCAGGACAUUGUGCGUAAGACACAGAGACUUCCCAAUCUAUCCCCUCAGGCUAUUAAGCAUCUAUGGAUACGUACAGCUCUCAUCGAAAAAGUCUUAGAUAAGAUUGUUCUGUACCUAGUGGAGAAUUGCAGCAAAUAUUAUGAAAAAGAAGCACUUUUAGUGGAUCCCGUGGAAGGACCCAUCCUUGCCUCUUUGCUCGUUGGUCCCUGUGCCUUGGAGUAUACAAAAAUGAAGACAGCAGAUCACUUCUGGACUGACCCAUCCGCAGAUGAGCUUGUUCAGAGACACCGAAUCCAUGGUUCCCACUGCCGGCAAGACUCUCCCACUAAGAGGCCUGCCCUGUGUGUGAGUCACCCAAUCCAGAAAAGGCACUCAAGUGGAAGUAUGGAUGACAGACCAUCAAUGUCAGCACGUGAUUAUGUUGAAUCAUUACAUCAAAAUUCAAGGGCAACUCUUCUUUAUGGCAAAAAUAAUGUUAUGGUUCAACCAAGAGAUGACAUGGAAGCUAUCCCAGGGUACUUGUCGCUUCAUCAGACUGCAGAUAUCAUGACCUUAAAAUGGACACCAAACCAACUUAUGAAUGGCUCAGUGGGAGAUUUAGAUUAUGAGAAAAGUGUUUACUGGGACUAUGCAAUGACUAUUCGUCUAGAAGAAAUAGUAUAUCUGCAUUGCCAUCAGCAAGUAGACAGCGGUGGCACUGUUGUUCUGGUCAGUCAGGAUGGAAUACAGAGACCUCCUCUCAGGUUUCCCCGUGGCGGACAUCUCCUUCAAUUUCUUUCAUGUUUAGAAAAUGGUCUACUCCCGCAUGGACAACUCGAUCCACCAUUGUGGUCCCAAAGAGGAAAGGGUAAAGUGUUUCCCAAGCUGAGAAAGAGAAGUCCUCAGGGGUCCUCAGAAUCCACCUCAGAUAAAGAAGAAGAUGAAGCAACGGACUAUGUGUUCAGAAUAAUCUACCCCGGGAGCCAGUCUGAGUUUGUGCCUCAGGAUUUUAUAGAUCCUCAGGGUGUCGGAUUACCCUCCAUGUGGCAACCCAGUACACGCAAAUCCUCCUGUUCCUCUUGCUCUCAGAGUGGGUCUUCAGAUGGAGGUCCAGCCAAUGGCUGCAAUCAUGAGAGAGCACCUCUUAAAAUGUUAUGUGACAAUAUGAAGUAUCAGAUUGUUUCAAGAGCCUUUUAUGGGUGGCUUGCCUACUGCAGACACCUGUCUACUGUGAGAACACAUUUAUCAGCUUUGGUAAAUCAUUCAAUUGUGUAUCCUGAUGUUCCGAGUAACGCCAGCUGUGGUCUAACAGUGGAUAUAUGGCAAACGUUUUUAAAAGACAGUACGAGUUAUGAAGAGCAGGAACUGUUACGUCUUAUUUAUUAUGGGGGAAUUCAGCACGAGAUCAGAAAGGAAGUUUGGCCUUUUCUCCUUGGACAUUAUCGGUUUGGGAUGAUGGAAGCAGAGAGAAGAGAGGUGGAUGAUCAAAUCCGCGCCUGCUACGAGCAAACCAUGGCAGAGUGGCUCGGGUGUGAGGCUAUUGUGCGUCAGAGGGAGAAGGAGUCUCAUGCAGCUGCUCUAUUGAAGUGCUCUUCUGGAGCCAGCUUAGACAUCCAGAUCCAGAGGAUGUUGCACAGAGACUCCACAGUCAGCAAUGAGUCUUCCCAAAGCUGCAGUUCUGACAGACAAGACCACGCACGCCUACAGAGUGAUUCCAGCACAAGUACACAGGUGUUUGAGUCGGUAGAAGAAGCAGAUCAAGCAGACACUAGAAGUGAGGACAAUAAACCGUCGAAGAUACCCAAUGGAACAGUACCUAAUGGGACAUGCUCUCCAGAUUCAGGACAUCCAUCCUCCAGGAACUUCUCUAUCACUUCUGGUUAUUCAGAACAUAGUUUCAGCACAGAUGACAAUGCCUCAAUGGAGACCAAUAAAAAUGCACUUUACCUGCACAUGAAACCAGGAACUACAAGUGGAAAGAAACAGAACAGCUUGGACAGUAUGUUGGAUAACAAAAAGAUGGAAGAGGAACUUAAAAUUCAGGAUAGCUUAGACACAGAAACAACAGCCAACGAAAGCUUGGAUGACUUUUUAUCAAUUACUGAAAGCACAGAGGACAUCUUGCUUGAUAAGGAGACUGCAGUGCUCUCUGUGGAAGCUUGGCCAGACAGUGAAGCUGAGAAGGAAAGUCUGGUUGGAAGUGAGGACAACUUGUCAGAGGAGCCAGAAAUGGAAAGUCUUUAUCCACCACACGAUUCAUUGAUUGUCAUUGAUGCAACUGUAUCUGAAGUAUCUCCUGUCUCUUCAACAGGAGUGACGUAUUCUCAAGAAGUUCUGGACCUGUAUACUAUCAACUUGCACCGUAUAGAGAAAGAUGUACAGAGGUGUGACCGUAACUAUUGGUAUUUUACACCCACCAACCUGGAGAAGCUUCGUAAUGUCAUGUGCAGCUAUGUGUGGCAGCACAUUGAGAUCGGCUAUGUGCAAGGGAUGUGUGACCUUCUGGCUCCUCUCUUGGUAAUACUUGAUGAUGAGGCCCUGGCAUUCAGCUGCUUCACUGAGCUUAUGAAAAGAAUGAACCAGAACUUCCCUCACGGAGGUGCCAUGGAUACACACUUUGCCAACAUGAGAUCUCUUAUACAGAUUUUGGAUUCUGAGCUUUUUGAACUCAUGCAUCAAAAUGGUGACUAUACUCACUUCUACUUCUGUUAUCGUUGGUUCCUCUUAGACUUCAAAAGAGAACUUGUGUAUGAUGAUGUGUUCUCAGUAUGGGAAACCAUCUGGGCUGCUAAGCAAGUGUCAUCCUCUCACUUUGUCCUCUUCAUUGCCUUGGCACUGGUGGAAGUUUAUCGUGAUAUUAUCCUGGAAAAUAAUAUGGAUUUUACUGAUAUAAUAAAGUUCUUUAACGAGAUGGCAGAAAGGCACAACAUAAAGCAUAUUCAGAAGCUUGCCCGGGAUCUUGUCUAUAAGGUCCAGACGCUGAUUGAGAACAAAUAGAGGGUCUAUCGGAGGGAGAAGCACAGCCACAUCCACCAUACCUGAAAACUUCCACUGCCAUGGAGCCCUGGAAAUCAUUUUUUCAGCAAUGCAAUCAGGUCCCAACAGAAGUGAAAGGGUUAUAACAUAUCUCAAUCUCCAGAUUCUUUGCUUAAGUAAGUGCCAGAAACUGAAGCCAGUUCUAGUAGCAGAGGAAACAGCUACUACAAGAAAGGGUUUCCCGUAAUUAUCCUUAUUUAGCAUUAUUUUUUCAUUUGGCCUUGUUACUUUAUUGUAAAACCAAAGACCUCAACACAAGAUUGCUUUUUCUUGCUGAUUUCGUAUUCUGCCUGCAAAUGUUGGUGAGUGCAAGCUCACUAGUGAACCUUACGUAGAGGUAAUGAGGUGACAUCUGAUGUCAUUAAACACACUACAAGCAAGGGAUCUGCAAAGGCCAUAGAUACAAAACACACAUUAGCACAAAUAGAGCACAUGGUUUUAUUUUCCCUCACUGAUGAUUAUAGUGAUUGCCAUGGUGAGUCCCCUAUCUGCAGGGACCAGCUGCUCAUUAAUGUAUGCAAAGCCCCCAGGAGGGGCUUCUGGUUUGCCUGUCCACAGCUUUAUCAUUGCAGGGAAGAAUUAUAGGCACAAUCUAUUGGAGUUUAGCAUAGCAAAAUAUUAAUAUAUAUAUAGAAAUUAUUUAUUUUUUAUUGAAUUUAUUGUUUUACAUGUUUCUGAAUAUACAGUUUGAGAAUGAUUGCGUCAUCAAAAUUCAUCAAUUUGUUGCUGAAAUUUAAGGAGCCAGUUGCCAAUUAUUUUACACUUCUAUCACCAGCGCCCUGUAGCUAUAUGAGAUGCAGUUUGGCAGGAAAGGGGUAGUUAGGCUACAAUACAAGGGGCAGUAUCCUUCACGUUUAUGUGGAUAAGAUCAAGCCUGACCUUAUCCAUCCUUUUCCUGUUUAUACUACAACAGAACAGCAGCCGCAGUGCGGCUUCACUAGAGCAAUCCACGCAUAAGACAAUGCUUCAUUUUAAAGGUCCUAUUCAAAGUGACAAUUUUAAUGUUGCAACUCAUUUAGUUUGGUGGCCAAGAGGUAAUUGCAGGGGGAAUUUCCACUGAAAAACAUCACAGGUCAUGUAUAUCCUAUAGACACUGAAUACAUUAUAAAUAGACAUAUGUGUCCUGCGGUGCAAAAAGUAGUUCAAAUGCAUCUGCAAUGCAAUUUCCACCAGCUCUCUUCAUCCUUUCAUCAGGAGGUCAGAUCCAGGCAGAGACUUCCUGGCAUCCAUAUCCCCCUGCGUUUGCCUGUGUUGCCCCUAUACUGACUGUCUGAUUUGAGGAGAAGCAACGUGUACAAAGUCAGUAAAAGAGAGUAAUAACAUUGAUUUAAGUGAUUCUAUUUGUAUUUAAUUGUUUACAUGACAUGUUGGUAACUUUGUGUAGCAGAUGAACAGGUAUGCUUCCUCAGGCAGCAGAAUGCCAGGAUCACACUAGUGGUAAUGAAGAAGACUCCAUUUAUGUAGCAUUUAAAACAAUAUAUCCUCUGCACCAGUUUUGCUAUGGCGCAUACUGCCCACAGAAUGCAUUUGUUCUUAGCAGUGUACUGUAAUGCAUUUAACGAAGCUCAGAACAUACUAUAUUUACAAAAUGAAAUGAGUCAGUGGAAUAGUAAGAUUAAAUAGAUUAAAGCUAUGUGUAUGUGGUAAUACAGCAGACUACUCAGCGCAAUCAAAAAAACUGAAAAGAUUUUUAUGGCAGCUUCCCUUGUAUGUUUGUGAAAACAUAAGCAUUCUUCUUUCAUGUACUGUAGUAUGCUUUCAGCCAUAACACCAUGAUACACAUGUCAGCGAGUUUGUUCUUUUGUACUGUGACGUUUACCUUCCUCGGUCAUCAGAAAACCAGUUGUAGACUAUAUCUUCCAAGAGCUGCAACCCACAAAUCAGCAGAAGUUGUUCCAGGCGAGGAUUUAUGGCCAUUAACUGAUUGAUAGUAAGCCUAGCCUGGGAACAGUCUCACCAAUUUGUCUUAAAUUGUUUUCAUUUUGCUGUUCUGAAUGUGAUGUAUCCUCAAAGAGAAAACCUUAGGGGUAAUGGGACAUGUGCAGGGAGUACUGACACUCACCACUAUAUCUAUAUAGAGCCUACAAACCGAUUUGCCACAUCAGCUAACUUGUUCAGUAGCUGCAAUUACUGUUUCUUGGCUACAUCAUUCUACUGACAAUUCUGUUGAGUAUGAAAUUUGGGAUUUUGACUUCAGGGUCCUAUAAGCAAAGCAGCUUAGCGUCAUAGGUGUUAAGCAAUGUAACCAUGGCUCUAACGCUACCACAUAGUAAUCUGCAAAUUAUCCUAGGCUGUUUGGAAAAGUACAUUUGUGUCCUCAAAUAUCAGUGUUUUUAAAUAGCUUAUGACAAGGAUUAAAAGUAUUUAUUUAUUUAUUCUAUUUCCUGUACAUUUCCGUGUGUCCGUGUAAAAGUCAGUGCGUGAAUCAUUUUAUCUCCUAAGUGUUGCAGACAUAUCUUGUAAAUGUGCUCUGAGAAAUUUGUUUGUGAGAAGAGAAGAAAACACAAAGUGGUGUUAUUUUUCCAAGGAAAUCUGUGUUUUUAUGACUGGAUCACAAAACAUAUACUCAAUAUAUUGCCUUUAUCUAUGUUUAAUCAUCUGAGGUAUUUAUUUUGUUGCAUCUACAGAAACUCUGCACAACAUUUUUGCCAUUGUUUUGCCAAAACUGUAAAAAAAUCUUGAUACAUUAUGUUACACGCCAAACCUAAACACUGAGGAUUAGAGCAACUAUGCAAUAUGGUGGAAUGUUCUCUAGAGCGGGAAUAGCACGGCUCGUCUGUCACAUGAUGUCAAGGCUCUGGAGGCAUGCUGGAUUCUCAAACAUUUGUUAAAUAGGCCAUAUGGGAGCCAAUAUUUUGAUAUACAUUUUAAGUUGGCUCUAUAAUUUUCAAAGACUGUAUAAAAUAUGUAAGGUAUAAAUAAUAUGGUUGCUGCUUGUGUGAAAUGUUAUUACCACAGUUAGUCUAUUAGUGAUAUGUUUGCCUGCCAUUCAUAACACCAUGCUGUGCAGAGUGUUCUCCCAUUAUACACUCCUACAGAUGCCUCCUUUAUUUGCAUACAAUGCAUUUUUCU